UUUUCCCAAUACAAUGAAACAGCCAGUCCACGUGCAAGGUACUGUCCCAACUUUAGCGAUGACCGCAGCUCAAUCCCAAGCAACUCCCCAUACCAUAACAGGUAAUACGAGUCCGCGCCAUGGUGGCUCAGCCGAGAACUGCGCGACGCCAGAUGCCAAUGCUUCGGCAAGUGAUGCAGCCGAAAAUAAGAAUAUCAACGGUACCGCCGAUACAGGCAGCAAAGGAUAUGGCAGAUUGGCAGCCUUGCUCGCUAGACAAGACGAGUAUGCCAUUUUCCGUCGUUUCAAGUACCUGAAUUGUCUAAGCCUACUGUAUCAACAGGCCGAGAUCAUUUUCCUCCAGGAUCACCUGGAGAAGCUGGCAGCAAUGGACCGAACACACUCCUGUCGAAUGCGACAGUUCUUUGACAGGGACUGGAUUACCCUUGCACUUCAAGGGGAUCCGGAAGCAGGACAACAAUGGGCAACCAUGCAGCUGAUUCAACUGAAGCUGGCAAAAUACAAUAAGGCCCUCCUCACCCAAGCCUCACUCGCCAAACUGAAUCCUCCCAACUUCCAGGAUCUAACCUUUCUCCGAGAAUGGAUUGGUCGUGCCGACAACGGGAAUUAUCCUAUUCAUGGCCCAGAUCAGCAUGCAUGGGAUCCAGAAUUUGAAACUGAUCUCAUGGCUAUCAACCCACGGGUGCCGUUGGAUCGCCUCUCCCGCUGGGUGAACGACAUCAUCUUCCCCUGGUAUCACAAACUCUUCGGGGCCAAGAUCAAGGACCCGGAGGAUGCGGCCAAAAACCUCGGCACUGGUAUUUACAUCUACAGCGAGUCUCAUCUUCAAAUCGUCAUCGAGACAUUCGUCACCGUCGUCGCAGCCCUGCUUCCAGUGCUGAGCAUUGUGGUGCUCUACUUCCUGGGCGACAAUAACAAGUUCAAGUUCAUGGCCUUGGUGAUAUUCUCGGCGAUCUUUGCUUUGGCGCUAGCAAUCAUGACGAAGGCCAAAAGGGUGGAGGUGUUUGCUGCCACUGCUGCCUUUGCGGCCGUGAAUGUGGUGUUUCUGUCCCAAGAUCCCACCGGCGAAGAGCUGGUUGAGCUGAUGAAGCAGUAUUUAACUGGAAAAAAAGGGGAAAAUUGACGGCAUCACUAACGGCUGUUUGAGGAACUCCCUUGUAUUGUACACCAAGUGUUGAGGAUACCUUAUUACAGACAUAUAGUAUCAGGAUGGAUAGUUCCAAGGGUACCUACCUACUCGACAGAGAAGGAAUGAGCUCGCAAGUGGUCUAAUGACCUGUAG